CGAAAAUAUACAUGACAUUGUUUUAUAUACAUUACAUUAUUUAUAUACUUAAAUUAUUAGCAAUUACUCAAUGUAUACAAUUGCGAACAUAAUCACUGUCAUUAUCACACUAAAUAUUUUGCGGUUCUCUCCGUUGUCAUGGUAACUAUUUAGCGUCUAAAAUGGCGUCUCUACUUGGGAAGAAAGUGUUUGAAAUAAAUGGUCAGGGUCCACCUCCGACAAAAGAUUUUUUUCAGCUUACUGUCACUAAAACUGAGGUGACAUGGAGAUCGUGGAAGAUUUCUUUGCGGAUUGAAUUCAAGGGUGCUGCACCUGGAGAAAAUAAGAUGACCCACAAUGACUUUUUGCAUGAUGCCCGCAUGCAGCAACAGGUAGGUGUGGUGUUUGGCCAGCAGAUCCUACAGUACACCCAAGCACUGUGCCAAGGGAACUUUGACUACCUGGAGCGCCUGCCCAAUGACCUACUGCUCCAAAUCCUGGCUUUCCUGGAACUGAAAGACGUAGCACAGCUGGCACAGACCACAAAGAGAUUCCACAAGCUCUGCAACUCGCCAGAGUUCUGGGAACAGACUGUGAGGAGUCGCUGUGAUGAGCUCACACCUGACAUGGAGGCCCUAGCCAACGCCAUGGGCUGGAGGAAGAUAUUCUUUGCCUUCUUCAACACCAAAGAGCACCAGCAGUAUGCACAGGGAGGUAGCUAGACACUUAAACAAGACAGUGUUACUCCUCUCAUAAUAAAGAUGUGAGGAAAUGUAACUUUCUCUGCCAGUAGCACAAGAGAGUUAUUUAUUUGAAUAGUAUGUUGUCUCUGUGUUUAAAAUGCACUAUUGAUUGAUCUAUGUUAUGUGAAUGUGUAUUUCAGGGAUUUUUUAAUUCUCUCUGCAAAAACUAAAAGUGACAAAUGUUUGUUUCUGUCAUUGCAUUUGAUUUCUAAUCCAGUAUGUUUUAUGCACUACUUACAAGUAAAGCCAUUAUAUUACUGAAUUAAUGCAUGUUGCGAAGGAAUUGUUGAGGUGUUUAUUAAAUGAGAGUUUAUUUGCCAAACACAAGUUAUAUCAGUAUGCUACUCUCUGGGUGUGACUGUGGAUGAUGUUCUUCAGUUGAAAUGACACUUGGUAGUGUCCAAUCAAGAUCACGCUCAAUAACAGUAAGAACACAAAUUGGUAUGGUGUUUUCAAUUGUAUUAAACAUAUUGUAACAUUCAUGCCUGUUAUAAUAAAGAGUAGGCCUAGAACAGAUUCAGAGAUCAUGGGUCAGAGAUAAUGCUGGAGAUGCAUUUCCUGUUUGAGAGAAAUGAUUUAGCAUUCUUACGCCCUCUGCUGAAAACCAGCUGUACUGAAGGAGCUGUGUGAGGAGGGGAGUCUGAUAGAAACCCUGUAGCCAGCAGAGGGAGCAAAGU